AUCGCCACCUUUCACGUCGGGAAGGGACGCUCUCACCUGGGUUGCUCCGCCGCCCCCUUUCUCCUCUAAUACGUGCCAGAGUCUUCUCGAUCUUCGAUCCCUUCCACUGCGUCGUCAGGGAAAUCUCCAGCAGGCAUAAUGUCAACUGUUACUGUUCCACCCGUAUGCAUGCUGAGAGGCAACACCAAAUGCCAGUGCAACUCUUUGCUGAUCAAAAGCCCAUCCUCACUGAGCUCCAUGAAGCGUAUCUCAAAAGCAUCAUCGUUGAGGGCAUCCAACCGCUUCAGGGCAUGUGCUAUGGCAUUCUACAAGGUGAAACUCAUCGACCCGGAGGGGAAGGAACAUGAGAUCGACGCUCCAGAUGAUAGCUACAUUCUGGAUGCAGCCGAGGAUGCAGGAGUGGAGCUGCCAUACUCAUGCCGAGCUGGAGCAUGUUCGACGUGUGCUGGUCAAUUGGUGUCGGGCAAUGUCGAUCAGUCGGAUGGAUCCUUCCUCGAUGAAACACAGAUGUCGAAGGGUUAUAUCCUGACCUGUGUCUCCUAUCCGAGAUCAGAAUGCGUCAUCUACACUCACAAAGAAGGCGAACUAUAUUGAUCGUAUUGGCAUCCUUUCUCUGUUUGUGCUCGGAAUGAAUCAGACGUAUGUAUCUGUCAUUUAGCCUCUUUUUUUUUGUUGUCCAGAGGGUCAUGCCUCUACCAGAGGGAGAUUCUCUCGCACUUGCUUUCAAUAAGCUCGGUACUACUACUGCACUACUUUAUGUUCAGAUUUCUUGACAUCAAGUGUCUCACGCAUUCUAUGUUUAGCAGCGAUUAUUUAGACCUA